AUGUCUGGCCCCUCUGAAAAUGGCCUGCAGCCUCAUUUGCAUUCAGCACGGUCAUUCACUAGAAUGGAGGACUCGGACGUGAGAUCUCCCCCGGUCGAGGAGGAUUCCAAGACAACAUCUUUGUCACCUAUCAGUGGGGCCCAUGGAAAGGGUCCUGAUGUGUUUGAACGACGUGGCUCUGAAGACUCUGGUACUGCAGGUGAUACCCAGCCAGAUGAAGGUUUCGUGCUUUCACGAAGCGUACAAGAUCCGUCCGAGGAACUGCCGAUUGAAUUAAUCAGCCUGGCAGAUCGCUUCGUCAAUUCCUUGAGCGCCAAAGUGCACAAUUCGCCUCCCACGAUUGAGAAGAUCUCCGAGCUUUUCCAAGUUUUUUACAGCCGCGCCGAGUCCCACAUAGCCACGCAUAUCUCUGCACUUAUAACUCGUAUCAAUCGGGAUCUUUCGCCUCAGACCCCUGCAAAAGCUCCGCGGGGAAGUGCGCUGUCAAAAUUGAGCAGUAAACGGUCCCAGGAUGAUGUCAGAUCGGGAGCUCCAGGUCGCCAAAUGUUGACCGCUUCCGAGGUAGCAGAGAAGCGAAAGGCUCGUAAGGCUCUUGAAAACAAACGGAGUGCAUUGGAAGAAGCUGCUGAACGAAGGGUCUGCGAGCUGGUUUAUGAUAAAUUAUGGCGGCACAAGAGUACAUUGGAUGAUGUGCGGGAUGAGAAGUUGCGUUCCAAGACCGCGGCUUUGCUACUAGUCGGCAUUAAUCUGAAGGACCUUGGGAUCGACAUAGAUCUGGAAGCGAUCGACCAGCAAAAGCAAGACGAGGCAAACGAAUUCCUCGCCCAGGCCCGAGAGUAUCUUGCGAAGAUGAACGAUUACAAAUACCCCCUUGGAAAGCUCCAACAGCUCGCAGCAGCGCACAAGGCGAUCGUCGACGCCUUGACGAAACUUCUCCCAUCUUCAUCUUCUGCGGAUGAGAUACUACCCGCAUUAAUCUAUUCACUUGUGACAUGCCCCCCUGAAGGAAUCAACAUUAUCAGCAAUUUGGUCUUUAUCCAGCGUUUCAGAUCUUCAAGUAGAAUUGAUGGAGAGACAGCUUACUGUUUGACCAACCUUGAGGCCGCAAUAAGCUUUUUGGAAAACGUCGAUCUUUCUACACUGCGUGCGGAUGAGCUGCAGGAUGGCCCCGUCAAAGCCCCCAGUGAGACAACACCAUCUUCAGAACAUAUCGAUCCUUUCCGGCCGACUAAGGAGAAGACUACAACCUCGUCUGUGACGACUGUAGCUGCGUUGCCGGAAUUAUCAUUACCAGAAAGAAAGGAGCCUGCCUCCACAUUACCCAGGCCUCAAUCUUCUGUCACACCGCAACAACGUCGCUUAAGCAACCUUUUCCAACCCUCCUCUAAAGUCCUUGGGGCAGCAAAUGAUGCUGUGCGCACCACUGCUGACCAAAGUCUGAAAAACAUCGGCGCUACUUUGGAUAGUAGUUUCAAUUUUCUGUUUGGUCGUCUGAAGGAAAUGCAAAACAUCCAAGGACCCGGUUCGGAGGCAAGCGGACCAGUAUUGCCAAAGACAUUGGCCGAGGCUCGCCGUCUAGUGACAUUGCCCCCUGCCUCGGCCACUGACCAGACCCUGACCCAAGAGGAGAUCGCAGCGAUCAAUUCUGUUUCCGUGAACGAAAGCCUACCUCCACGUACUAGUUCAAGGCUUGCAGAUCUCUCUAAUGGCGGUAUUACUCCUCGGGACCGGAGUGUUGACAGCACCAGAACCCAAGAGAGCGGCAAAAAGACCAUCACGACAUCGCUCCGGGAGGACGUUGCAUCCAAUCCAGCCAUCAGUCCCACUCCGUUGGAAUCAAUGCGCAAUUUCGGCAAUACGUUGAACCCGCUGAACCACAUUCCAGGUAUGAUGAAGAACUUUGGUCGCAAUGCUCCAGAGACUCCUAGUGGCCGGUCCGUAUCUCCAUCUGGGCCGGACAAAUUCAAGCCAUCAGCCGCCUCGGCAGACGGCAACAGUGGUGCCGCCAGCCCAGUUCCCAACUCUUCAUUGAAGAUUGAUCCUCCGAUCCAGCGGUUCCUCGAGAUACAGGAUGCACGCGAUCUCAGGAUUGGAGAUAUAGCUGUUCUGUUGGAGGACUAUAAGAGGCUUGCUGCUGCGAUUCACAAAUCCACCGCUGAGUCUAGAUAA